CAGGCAGACAUGGCAGUUACAGAGAUGGCAGUGAGCAUCGGCACCGGAGCCAUCAACUCCGUCAUCAGCAAGCUAAAUGACCUGCUCGGCGACGAGGUCACCAGCCUGGUCGGGACAGCCCUGCUCGGCAAGAAAGUCAAGCUUGGUAUCCAGUACCUGAGAAACGAGCUGAGCAGCAUGAAAGCCGUGCUGCUCAGGCUCUCGGACAUGGAGGAGCACAUGGAACCGCAGACCAGGGAGUGGAGGGACAGGGUCCGGGAUAUGUCGUUCGAGAUCGAGGACUACAUUGACCGCUUCGUGCAGCGCCGCCGCGGCCAUGGAGGCUCCCAGUCCCAGGGGGGUGAUGGUGGCCUCGUCAGCAAGGCCGUGAGAAAGAUCAAGAGUGUGUGGGACGACUUCCAGACUGGCAAGGAGAUCGAUGAGCUCAAAGCCAUGGUAGUCGAGGAGAGCGAGCGGCGCAAUCGGUACAACAUUGACCAGUGCCUCCCGCUGCCUCCACCCCAUGUUCCCUUGGACCAAGCAGGACUACGCACGCAGUACGAGGCGGUCAGAAAUCCGGUGGGCAUUGAUGGCCCCCGGGAGAAAAUAUUUGGGUGGCUGAUGGAGCAAGACGCGAAACCAAACGUGGUGGCCAUCUUUGGGAUUGGAGGCUCCGGCAAGACCACUCUGGCCUUGGAGGUGUACAACAAGAUCCAACAACAGUUUGAUUGCCGGGCUUUCAUCUCUGUUUCUCGAACUCCCGACAUCAAGAGGCUUUUGAAACAUAUCCUCUUUCAAGUCAAUGAAGAAGAGUACAACAACUCAGAAAUGUGGGAUCUGGAGCAGCUGAUACUCAAGCUCAGGGAACACUUGAAAGACAAGAGGUACUUGAUUGUUAUUGAUGAUAUCUGGAGCACAACGGCUUGGCAACAUGUCAAAUUUGCCUUACCUAUUGAUAAUAUCAAACGAAGUAGAAUAAUUGCUACAACACGUAAUAAGAAUGUGGCAACGUCAUGCUGUGCUGACAUGGACGGGCAUAUGUAUGAAGCGAAGCUUCUAACUGUUGAUGAUUCCCGCAGUUUAUUCUUUGGAAGAAUCUUUUCUUCAGGCGAAUGUUGUCCCCAAGAAUUGCGGGAAGUUGCAGAUGAAAUAUUGAAGAAAUGUGGUGGAUUGCCAUUGGCCAUAAUCAGUAUAGGUAGUUUAUUAGCCACCAAAAGUCGAACAGUCGAAGUCUGGUCGAAAAUACGGAAGUCUGUUUCUUCUGCAGUCCAGAAAGAUUGUCCACUUGACCAAAUGAAGAGAAUAUUGCUCCUUAGUUAUCUUGACCUUCCACACCAUUUAAAGGCUUGUUUUUUAUAUCUGAGUGUCUUCCCGGAGGGUUACUACAUUGACAGCAGAUUUUUGAUAUGGAAUUGGAUGGCUGAAGGCUUAAUUGGUGGAGAAAACAGAGAAGAUAUGGAGAGGCUUGGAGAAAGCUAUUUGAAUGAGCUUAUCAAUAGAAGCAUGAUUCAAGCAAGAAAGAUUGGGGCAGAUGGCACAAGAGUGAAAAUCUGCGGAGUCCAUGAUAUUGUGUUGGAUUUUAUUGUAUCUCAAGCUGCGGAAGACAAAUUUGUGACUGUGUUGAUAGAUGGUAAAUACCCUUCAUGGAAGAUUCGCUGGCUAUCCCUCCACUUGAACUCUUCUCAAGCUGCAGAUUUGCCAAUAAAGGAUGCAUCGCAUCUUCGGUCACUCAAUAUAUUUGGACCUAGAGGUAAGCAACUGCCUCAAAAUUGUGAAGCUUUGCGAGUGCUGAAUAUAGAAGGCGUUGUGAAGUCUAAGAAUUGUCACGUUGAACACAUUGGAAGUUUCUAUCAACUGAAGUACCUGAGGAUCAUUGGUUACCAGAUCACAAGUCCCGACACAACCAUAACCGAGCUUCCGGAACAAAUUGGCAAUCUGCAACAUCUAGAGGUAUUAGAUCUUAGAGGUUAUAGAAUUCUGAAACUACCAGCAACUAUUGUUCAAUUAAAGAAACUAGUGUGCCUUUUUCUGGAUGAGAUCUUUACCCCGCUGCCUGAUGGAAUUGGGAAUCUGCAAUGCCUGGAGGAGCUAUCAGGGAUCAAUCUCUGUAAUGCAUCUGUAAGGUCUGUUCAAGGGCUCGGGGAGCUGACCAAACUAAGGGCACUGAAGAUUAAAUGGAUUUUAUGUUUUGAUAGGGUUCUCGAUGAGGAAGAUCACAUGAGAGUGUGUGCGUCAACUCUGUCCAAGCUCGUUGCGAACAGCCUCCGUUCGCUGCACUUCACUGGGAUCAAAAGCUCUGAUUUCUUAAACUCAUGGGUGUUUCCGAGUGGCUCCCCUCCUCCACCUCUCCGGAGGCUCUUCCUGGAGGGGGUUGGAAAUUUUGAUUUCCCCGCCGUACCAAGCCAGAUCAGAUCCCUCAUCAACCUCACCCGCCUUAGCAUCAGAUAUGUUCGUGAAAUGGGAGAAGAAGGUGUCAAUAUCCUCGCCAGUCUACCCAUGCUGCUCUCUCUUACAAUAUUGUUGCUCUACACCCAACGCCAGAGUUGUGUCAUCAGCAGCCAAGGAUUCCAGCGUUUAGUGAAGCUGAACUUUCACGGCGAGACCUGCCUGAUGUUUGAGCCAGGAGCCAUGCCAAAGCUCCAGAGGUUGAAACUAGUUGUGUUCCGAUGGCCAGAGCAGUACAACCCUGGAUUGCUCCACCUUUCAAGCCUCAAGCAUGUCAGUAUCUGGAACUGGAGGCGGGAUCGUGGUGUGGAGGAUUUGAUGGAUGAAAUCAGAAGCGUCCAUCCAAACCAUCCAAUACUGGACAGGAGGGUCUGAAGAGGCAAGGUGCAGCAGCUAACCUGUGGAGGAUCACAUGUAGUACAGAACUUGCUGGUGGUUGAGGCUGGUCAUAGUGGGAGUAACUUAGCUAGUAACAUAACGCUCUUCGAGAAAAUUUUGCUUAUGUGGCAAGUAAUUAAUGAGGUGGUAACAUAAUAUGUUACUGUAACAUAGCGCUUUCCAAGACAAGAUGAGUCUAUGAGCUAGUAAAUGAAGCCAUCUAUGAUACUA